CCCAACUCGCUGCCCUUCGCCGCCGGGGAGACCUUCCUGCUGCUGGAGCGCAGCAACCAGCACUGGUGGCUCGUCACGCGGGCGGGCUCCGGGGAGACGGGGUACGCGCCGGCCUCCUACCUCCAGCGGCUGCAGCGUGUUUUGGCUUAAGAGACGUGUUCUGGUUACUGGAGGGCACAGAAUUGCAAAGGGAAGAAAGCAGGGGCUGAUUCUGCUGAUCAGCUGCAUGGGAUCAUCGUGGCCAGUAAGCAGGGUCUGAGCAUGGCUGGAGAGACUCUGGAUGAAGCGCUGGCACCUUCGGAAGUGCAUGUGUGCAGUGGUGCUGGAGCAAGAUGUGGUUCUCCAGUCUAUCGACCGUGCCAUCGAGGCUGUGCACAAUGCAGCCAUGAAGAAUGGAGGGAAGUACAACCUGGAGCAGAGGGAUGUCCUUCAAAAACUGAUCCAUCACCGGAAGGAGACCGUCUCCCGCAAAAGUCACUCUCCCACCCCACAGGGGAUGGUUAUGACACAGUCCACCAGCGAUCACCAUCUGGAUGUGGCACGGCAGCCCAACGGGGUGUGCCGGACGGGAUACGAACGACAUCACAGUCUUCCAAACACAGAGUUUGAGGAGGAGGAUGAAGGUCUCUAUCAGAUCCCACCACAGCCUCGACGCGCUGCUCCUAUCACGCCCCCACCUCCAGAGAAACGCAAGAACGCCCAGAUUGCUGCACCCGCGAAAAAUGCGGUUGAAAUUAUCCCCGGGUCAGCUUCUAGUGCCUCCUCCAUGAGCACGACAUCCCUGGAUACCUUGUACACCGCUUCCUCUGCCUCGGAGACCGCUCUGCCGACAGCCACCUCCAGCCCUGCCAACACGCCUCCCCCCGUGCCCAGCCGCAGCGUGCACACCACCAUCACGCGCAAUUUGGACGCCGGCUCCGUCACCCACUCCCGCUAUGGGACUUCCUCGAAGGACGGGGCCAGCAAAUCUCCCCAGAGCAAGCGGGCUGCCCCGGCUCCGCCGUCUGAAGGGGGGGUCCGGAGGUCCCACACCGUGGAUGGGGAGAAGGCCCCGCAGGGGAAGAAAGCCGCCCCAGCAGCCCCCGCAAGCCUGGAUGCUUUCAGCUCCCUCUGCCUCGAGGAUAAGAAGGCGGCUGCGGUGGAGCCGGUGCCACCAGAACCCAGUGGGCUGGUGGCAUCCGUUCCCAAAACGAUAGGUGCUGAACUGAUCGAGCUGGUCCGCAGGAACACCCACCUCAGCUACGAGCUGUCCCGCGUGGCCAUCGGCGUGGUGAUCGGCCACAUCCAGACCUCUGUGCCGGUAACCAGCGGCAUCAUGGAGCAGAUUCUCAUCUCCGUGGUGGAGAGUAAGGAUCUGAGCUCAGGGCUGCCCUCGGGACAGAUCUGCCAUGAUGAGCAGCGGCUGGAGGUGAUCUUCGCGGACCUGGCCAGGCACAAGGAUGAUGCUCAGCAGCGCAGCUGGGCACUCUACGAGGACGAGAAUGUCAUCUGCUGCUACCUGGAGGAGCUGCUUCGCAUCCUGACAGAUGCAGACCCAGAAGUUUGCAAGAAAAUGUGCAAGAAGAAUGAGUUUGAAUCCGUCCUGUCCCUUGUGGCGUAUUAUCAGAUGGAACACAGGGUGCCACUGCGGCUGCUGCUGUUGAAAUGCUUUGGAGCCAUGUGCAACUUGGAUGCUGCAGUUAUCUCAACGCUUGUCAACUCUGUGCUGCCCAUGGAGCUGGCCCGAGACAUGCAGACUCACACACAAGAUCAUCAGAAGAUGUGCUACUCUGCCCUGGUGCUGGCAAUGAUAUUCUCCAUGGGGGAGCCCCUUCCAUAUCAUCACUACGAACAUCUCAACUCUCAGUUUGUGCAGUUCUUGCUGGACGUGAUUGAGGACGGGCUGCCCUCAGACACCACUGACCAGCUGCCUGACUUGUUUGUCAACGUCCUUUUGGCCUUCAAUCUCCACAUUCCAGUUCCAGAACACAGUGUGAUCAUGACUACGAUAAGCAAGCACUCGAAUGUCAAGACGUUCACGGAGAAGCUGCUGCUGCUGCUGAACAGGGGAGAUGAUCCAGUUUGUAUCUUCAAGCAUCAGCCUCAGCCGCCGCACUCAGUGCUGAAGUUUCUGCAGGACAUCUUUGCCAGCAAGGAUACAGCCAGCAUCUUCUACCACACAGACAUGAUGGUCCUGAUAGACAUCCUGGUGCGGCAGAUCGCUGAUCUCUCCCCUGGAGACAAGCUGAGGAUGGAGUAUCUGUCUCUGAUGCACGCCAUCAUCCGCUCCACGCCGUAUCUGCAGCACCAGCACCGCCUCUCUGACCUGCAGGGCAUCUUGCAGCGCAUCCUAGGGGAGGAGGAGGAGGGGCAGCAGUGCCAGAUGGACAAACUGAUCAUCUUGGAGAUUUACAAGGAGUUCCCAGAAAUCUCUCCUGGUACCAGCUAACUGCCCCUUGGCUCGGACUGGAGUUCAAACCACUUGGAUCAAAGACGUCUCUUGUUGACACUUUCUCCUCGUUUCCUUCCAGUACAGCUCAUACCUUAUAUUCCUCUGUGCGAGGCCUAGGUUCGGACAGUGUUCACCGGCCCUUUAGAAACGCAAGCAACAGAAAGGGCAUGGGGUGCCCUGGGGCCUGGCGCUCCGGGAGGUUGGCGCUGGGCAGAGCGGGGUGGGCGCUGGCACGUGGUUUACCUCCAGCACUCGGGCAGGAGGCAUUUAACUGGCACGAGGGGCAGAGAGCUCGAGAGGGACUUAGCCAGGGUGGCGGUGUGCGUUCAGCUGCGCUGGUGUCCUGAGGUCCCGAAGCGAAAGGCCUUUGCCUUCGAGUAUCACUUCUUUUCCAUGUGCAUCUCCCUGCAGUGUCCAAGUGGAGUCCGCUGGUGCUUGGAAGAAGCUUUCGUAACAUCUGUUUUGUUCGCUGCUGCUAGUGCCAAUGUGCUGCAGCCCUGCCAAGGGAGGUAGCCUGCUCGCUGUCUAACGCCUUGUCUAGUGAGCCUUCCCCUCCCUCCUGGCCCUCAGCUUUGACUAGAGGUAGCAGUCCACGUAGGGUCAUAGAGGUCUUAGUGCAGCAGCUGCUUUUUUCAACCUGCUUUCUAUAGUGAUGUUUAAAUCUGAAUUUCUUGCCCACUGUGGCAGCCUAGAACUAACGGCUGCCUGGGCGACGCUGCUCUUAGGAAGCCUUUGGCGUGGACACAGUGCAAAGACACGUCCUGCCAAGCAGAAGCUGCUGCUUGCUGCCUCUCUAGCAGCAUUGCCCCGGGCAGAGGGGCUGCGUGUGGGCAGGGGCACUCUUUGUAAAGCCUGUGGAUUUUCUUGCCUUGAGCUUCGUAGCAGCUCUGCCUCGCUGCCCUUCCUCUCCAUGCGGCAGCGCUCGGAGGCAGCGUGAGCCUGGUGUCCAGUAGCUGUUUGUGACUAUGCACGAGUGUGGGGAACCCUUAUUUAUAUUUCCUCUAUGUUUCUAGCAAAUGGGAUUAACCUGUUUCCCUGUUACAGAUGGUCACACACACUAACAUGGGUCUCUUAAAUAUUUGUGUCCGCAGUCUGGUCACUCCCUGUUCCCAGCUGUUCCUUUGCAGUAUCCUGGUAGGAGCUAUUGGCAUUUGGAACUGGAAGUACUGGGCGCUGUGUUUUAUAGCUUGAGGAAACAACACCUGAGCUCUGCUCUGCAGGCCUGGGCUCUGGGCACAGGGGCAGCGAUGCUCAGGAACAGAGGAGUGAGGACCCCCUCGAGUCAGCCUGGGAGUGUCCAAAGCAUAAUAACUGCCCUCAUAGAGAAACCUAUUUUUCCCCUGUAAAAAUGUAUGAAUGUCAAAAGGGAUCCUGUAUUUUUCUUAAACACUAAGUGUAACAUGCGGAGGAAUAAAAUGUCUUAAACUGGA